CUAUCUGAUUGUUAGAAAUUAUUCAUUUCCUCAAACAGAGAAUAAAUUGCUUGGGGAUGCAGCCCUGCCCUGCGCUCUUCCUUUGCUAAAGGCUAAUACCGAAGGCUUCAGCAUCAUGAGAAUGCUUCUGCACUCGAGCGUUCUGACUCUCGCCUGUGUCUGGGCCAUCGCUAUGGAGAUUCCCAUGAGCACAGUGGUGAAAGAGACCUUGAUACAGCUGUCCACUCACCGAGCUCUGCUAACCAGCAACGAGACGGUGAGGCUUCCUGUCCCUACUCAUAAAAAUCACCAGCUGUGCAUCGGAGAAAUCUUCCAGGGGCUAGACAUACUGAAGAAUCAAACUGUCCGUGGGGGUACUGUGGAAACGCUAUUCCAAAACUUGUCACUAAUAAAGAAAUACAUUGACCGCCAAAAAGAGCAGUGUGGUGAGGAGAGUCGGAGGACGAGGCAGUUCCUGGAUUACCUGCAAGAGUUUCUUGGUGUGAUGAGUACUGAGUGGACAAUGGAAGACUGAGACUGAGCAGGCUCAGUGAAGACAGGACUGCAGAUCUCCAGUUGAUUUUUAAACUGAUGCAUAAAACUCACAAAACUGUACAAAUUAAGGGUUACCAUACACUGUUUCCAUUUAUAUUUACAUCAUGUAGUCAAGUUAAACCUAUCUAUGUCCUCAAACAUUGAUCAUUUACAUAUAAAAAUAUUUAACAUUCUUUUUGUGUAUGUAUAACAGAAACUCCUGUAGCUCAGGUUGGCCUCAAACUUGUAAAGUAGUCAAGGAUGACCUUGAACUUCUGAUCCUCUUGCCUCCUCUACCUGAGUAAUGAGUUGACAGCAUGCACCAUCGUUUCUAGUUUUUGUGAUGCUGGGAUGGAACCCAGGGCUCUGUGCAUGCUACCCAAGCACCCUGUCAACUGAGCUAUAUUCCCUAGCCCUCAUCCCCUUUUUUGAGACAGGGUCUCAAGUAUCCCAGGCUGACCUUCAACUCAGUGUGUAGCCAAGGAUGACUCUGAACUCUUGAUCCAUUCGGAAGCAGGAGGACCACACACCCCACUCCAACAUCCUUUCUCCUGGCCCUUUGAGAUAGGCCUUACUCAGUCACUGUCUUGAUGAGGGAUACCACACUAGGGCUUCCUGCUCCUAACUUCAGUUUAGUCCCCCACUAAUCAGCCUCCCCUCAACUCCCUGCUGCUCUCUCCUGCCUCCAGUAAACCCACCUCUACUCUCAAUUCCUAUGAGGUUAACUGUUCUUAUGUUCUUUUGUCUGAAUCAGAUUGUGUCAUGAUCAUUUUUCUGGGCAUGGAGUAGCCAGAUUUGGGGGACGGAAAGGGACUUCUCAUUGCACUGAGAACGGGGGCCAACCACACGUGGGCCCGUCUUUUCAGUGUAACUGAACUUGAGAAGCAAAGCGAAUGUUUCGUGUGUACUGCAACUUUACCAUCCCACAUCAGCAGAGAGCAGAAUGGUUGAGAUAUGACUCAGGUGUCAGGGUCACUGAAGAAGCCUCCUCCAGUUUACUCCAGGAAAAAAUAGAUGUAUGCUUUUAUUUAAUUUUGUAAG